CCGAUCUCUGGUCUGCCACCAACCGCUUUGGUUCUGGUCCUGGAGUAACGACGCGGUGGCUGUGUAGAUGACGCGGAGAAGACCUUAGUUGUUGUCGGAAUAAUAUCUCCGGGAGGCGGAGGCUAUCGCAGAUCCGUCGCCGCCGGUCUUUUGUCUCCGUGGCGGGGAAACUCCUUCAGGUCCGCCGUCAUCGGAUCUAGUCUCCGGGGGGUGAAGGCUUCUUCAGCCUUGCGUCGCCGGCUCGUGGCCCUUAUUCUUUAGGGUUUUGUUUCUUUCUUUUCUUCGGUCGGGUUUUUUUGUUUGUUUCUGUGGGUUGGUGUGUUCGUCGGAGGAGAUGGAAGAGCUCCGGCGGAAAGAAUGAGGAUGCAUGCGAUUCCUCUGGCGGGUCCCGGUGGUUAAUGUUGAUGGAGGAGCUCUCGCUACGGCGAUUGAGCCUCUCCGGCUUGAGUGGCCCAAAGUUGGGUGAAAGUAAAGAGGAACGGAGCGAUGGAGCUCCGGUUUGGCCGGGUGGUCCGGUGGUUGGAUCUCCGGCGCCGACGAGUUGAGAUGGUAUGGCGCUAUCCUUGUGACACGUGUUUCUUCGCGGAGGAGGAUCGCGACACGUGUACAAGCGGCCAAAAGUGGGUUUAGUGAGGCGGCAGUAUGCCUUUCCGCCUGCUCCCUAGGGUUUUCUCGUGAUGGGUCCGUAGGGCUUAGCCCAUUAGAAAUUUGGGUGUCCUAUUUGUUGUUGGGCUUAUGUUAUAAUAUUGUACUGGGUUUGGCCCGUUUCUUUUAUAAUAUUAAAUCCCUUUGAUGGAAAAAAAAAAAAGAAGACUUAAGAGUAGAUAAUGAUAUAAGAAAAAUAAUUAAAAUGACGGUAGCGUGGAUAAAACUAGAAGAAAAAAAAAGCGAUAAUAUUAAUAACAAAUACGACCGCACAUAUUAAAAAUAAAUUAAAUGUCGUCCCAAAAACAGAUUCGGACAAUCUUCCAAACUUAUAUUAAUUUCCUCCUUCUUCUUCCUCUGUCUGUGCCACAGAUCUUCCCUUUCCUUCAAUCUACGCUUCUUCUUCUUUUAUCUUUUUGUCAGACAAUAAAAAAAUCAAUAUCAAAAAAUAAAAAACUUGUUUUGUUAAUUGGAAAAGAGAGUGUGAAAAGAACUUGUAGAUUGUCUCAUGUGCUCAUCUUCUUCUUGUUCUUCGCUGUCUUCGUUUCGUGAGCUUCCCAGCAUCAGAUAAAAGCAACGGAAUUAUAAAUAAAUAAAAGAACCCCACAUGCAGCUUUAAGAACAAUCCAAACGAGAGGAGGAGACAUGAUGGAAUCACUAAUUGAAGACGAAGAAUCUCGAUUCUUCGACGCACACGAAGACAUCGCGUCCUGCUCCACCGCAUCUCCACCGUCCAUCUCCGCCUACGACGUCUGGAUCAAGAGUCCAGGAAACGCCGAGGAGCGUCGUGAGAAGUUCUUGCACUGGAUGGGAGUCAACGUGGAGGAGAAGAGAUCAGACAAUGUGGAUCGUUUCUCAGCCUCUGUCAACGAAGCAACAACGGUUUUGCGAUCCGAAGACGAGUUUAGCUCUUGUCGUUGUGAUUCCUCUGUCUUUAGUCCGAGUGAGAAUGUAGAUAGGAUUGUGAAGGAAGUAGAUGUUGAGGAUCUAAGUAAUGAUGAUGAUAUUAGCUCUAGCCUUUGUUCUGGUGGAGAGAUUGAACCUAAGUCGCUAAACGUAAUGAUCUCAGCUUCAGAACAGCGUGAUGUUGGAGGAAUCAUGAAGAGGGUUAAGGAGAAAUGGUUAGCUCGGCUGCAUAAAGCGCGUAGCAAGGAGAAAGGAGAGGAUCAUCAUUCCAGUGAAGCCUUGGUUUCAGGGAGUGGUAGGAUCGAGAGAGUUAAAGUGAAGGAGUACAAGAAAGAGGCCAAGGAGCUUUCAGCUCUAUUCAAGGGUCAGGAGAUACAAGCUCACGAAGGAGCCAUUCUCGCUAUGAAGUUCAGUCCUGAUGGGAGGUACUUAGCAAGUGCGGGUGAAGAUAAAGUUUUGCGUGUUUGGAGCGUUGUUGAAGACGAGAGAUGUGAAGAACAUGACGUUCCUAAGAUGGAUCCCACUUGUAUCUACUUUGAAGUGAGUAAUUUAUCUGAGUUGAGACCUGUGGCUGUGGAAAAAGACGGUGUUAGUGGCGGCUCGUUGAUGAGUCCGAAGAAGACAACGGAGUCAGCUUGUGUUAUUAUCCCUCCGAAGAUCUUUCGUGUGGUUGAUAAGCCUGUGCAUGAGUUUGUUGGGCACAGUGGUGAUAUCCUUGAUGUAUCAUGGUCCAAGAACAAUCGUCUCUUGUCAGCUUCAGCAGACAGUAGUGUUCGGCUUUGGCAGAUUGGUCGUGAGGAUUGUCUUGGAAUCUACUCCCACAGUAACUAUGUUACAUCUGUUCAGUUUAACCCGGUUGAUGAUGACCACUUCAUCACCGGUUCAAUAGAUGGAAAAGUUCGUAUCUGGUCAGCUUCUCGCUACCAAGUUGUGGACUGGGCCGAUGCUAGGGGGAUUGUAACAGCAGUUUGUUACCGCCCAGACGGUCAGGGAGUAAUUAUUGGAACUUUGACGAGCGAGUGUCGCUUCUACAAUGUUACAGGCCAUUGCCUUCAACUCGAUGGUCAUAUAUGUCUGCACAACAAAAAGAAAUCAUCAAAUAAACGAAUAAUCAGCUUUCAGUUUGAUUCCACUGAUCCAAGCAGAGUCAUGGUAGCAUCCGCAGAUUCCCAAGUCAGGAUCAUUAGCGGUCGCAACGUUGUCCACAAAUACAAAGGAUCUCGAAACGCGGGAAAUCAGAUCUCGGCGUCUUUUACCGGAGACGGGAAGCAUAUCAUCUCCGCGUGUGACGACUCCUCCGUCUACAUCUGGAACUGCGUCCCGCACGAUCCCGAGCCUCCGUCUCCUGGCUUCUUCUCCCACACGAAACGAAUUAAGAUCCGAUCCUUCGAGAAAUUCUCCGCCGACGUCUCGGUCGCGAUCCCGUGGUGCGGUUUCUCCUCCCCCGCGAUCUCCGGCGGAUCGGAGCUAUCUCCGUCGCUGUUCUCGUUGGGGAGAGAGUACGUUCUCGAUUCUCCCAAGGGAGCUGCGACUUGGCCGGAGGAGAAGCUGGCGAGCUCGUUUUCUCCGGUGAGGGCGAUCAGAAGAUCGCAUUAUAGAUUUCUCCGGUCGUCGUGCAGGAGAACGGCGGAGUCGUCUCAUCUCUGGGGGUUAGUUAUCGUCACCGGCGGGUGGGAUGGACGGAUCAGAUUGUUUCAUAACUACGGCUUGCCUGUUCCCGUUUGAAAUCCAACGGCUACGAUUCGUUCCUUUUCAAACGUCGCCGUUUUGUAUACCAAGUGUCGUGUGGUGAAGCCAGUUUGAUUUUACAUACGUGGCGAUGUUUAGGAGUGUUGUAUGGGCUGGGCCUAACUCGUUGGCCCGUUUUUUUUGACCCGGUGGUUUGUAGCUGGGUCUCACCAGGUCGGAGCUGAAGCCUUCAGAGGCACAAGAAGGGGAACUCAGAUUUUUGCCUUUUAAAAUCGUAAAGUUAUUAUUAGUAUAAUUAUAAUUUUGCCUUUUUGUAAGUAACAAUAUAUAGGGAACUGUAACUGAGGCCUGUUCUUUUUUCAUGUAAAUACCAUGGUUUUCUCCCCA